CAACAAUAUAUGCGCAAGUGCAAAAUUUCAAAAUUUAUUUAAAAUGUUUAAGGAAACUAGAUCUAAAUCGAAAUAAACAGAGAACUUAUUUAAGAAUACAUAAUCAAUUUCCAAAAACAAACGCGUAAAUUGGGGACACGCCACUGAAUGAAGUUACCAUUAGUACCUACUAAUCUAUCUAAACUAUUUUAAUAUUUACCCCUCUUGCCUUUUUUCAGCAAAUCUACUGUACUAUUCCCGACGAAAUAUUUAUUAUGACUACGGCCAGUGUACUGCUCACCGUGGGGACAACGUGGGGAACCAUCACAGACAAGAACGAUAAGGAAAAAGAAAACGCGCGCUCACUCAAUGUAGCCGAAAUCGCAGCACGCGAGCUACGGGAGACACCCAACACCCGGGAACAGUCUCUACGCAUCAUGCGGGAGUGGAUCCAAAAGAAUACUGACAUUAGAAACGUGCGGCAAGAUGACGCCUUUCUAUUGCGAUUUCUUCGUCAGAAAAAAUUUAGCAUACCAAUGGCCCAGCAGACUCUACUCAAGUUUCUGAGCUUGAAAAACUAUUAUCCGGAAAUUUUUAAGAAUCUUGACUGCGAAGACCCGAAUUUGGAGGAAAUCAUCAGCAACGGGUACAUCGCCGUAUCACCAGUGCGUGAUACACGUGGUCGUCGAGUGAUCGUGUAUAGUAUUGGUAGUUUCAACGCAACGAAAUUCAACUGCUGGGAUAUGUGUCGCGCGCAUGCGGUGGUGUACAUGUCGCUACUUGAAGACCAGCAAGAACAAGUGUGCGGGUUCGUUCACGUGGGGGAUGGCAAUGGGGUUACCACAGCACACAUCAGCACCUGGAACCCCACCGAUUUCGCCCGGCUUAUGAAGUGGGGAGAGCAAUCGGUACCAAUGCGCCACAAAGAAUUCCACAUGAUUUGCCCCACCGCCUUCAAGUACAUCGUGGAUUUCGCCAUUAGCAAGAUCUCGUCUAAAAUGGCGCAAAGACUUUACUUUCACGCAAACACGAAGCAACUUCUUAAACAUUUGGAGCCCGAUUGUCUACCUAGCACGUUUGGUGGAGCAAUACCCCUGCAAGACAUGAUCGACUUCACUAGGCAAUUGGUGCGCAACCAACGUAAGAAGGUUGUUGGACACGAUGACAUGGAACUACUGAGCACGAGAGGAAUUAUCUCUUCACGAAGCAAAAACAACGACAUCAAUUCCGUGCAAGGAAGUUUUAGGAAAUUAGAAAUAGAUUAAUUGGCUCAAUUUUAAGGGCGAUAAAUGUUUGCCUAAUAUGACAAUAAAAUACGGAUGAACUCGGGUCAUACAUCAAGUAUGACAGAGUGUAAGAAACUGAUGCCAGGCUAAUCUUUAAAAUAAAAAUGAUUUGUUACUACGAUCCAAAUAUUUUUUUAGCUUUAAAAAAAGAACUUAAAGCGUCCAUUGCCGGCAACGCAUGUAUGCAUUCACCCGAGUUUCACCCAGUGGCUUGAACGUAACGUUCAUACUUUUCGAAAACUUCGCCCAGUGCCGUCAACGCAUAUUAUGUAUAUGAGUUCAUAUAAUGUAGAAGCCUUAUAUGAACUCGUAUGCGUUGACGUUCCACUGUCAUCUUUUUUAUUGUGUCCAUUUUAUUUGUGUAUCUAAAAACAUACAUAGAUAUUCAAGACCAACCCAACCAAAUUUUGUUAGGUUAAUUUUUCUAAAUUCUUUCAUUUGUUAACCAGAUAACACUUAUAUAAAAAUAUAUCACAUUCAAAUAAGUAAAUAAUAAAAUCUGGAAUACGUACCAGGGUAAUUGGUCCAAUAGAAAACAAAUCGA